AUGCUGCUGCUGUCCCUGUUGCUGCCUGUGCUGGGGGCAGGGUCCCUGCAGGAGGAUCCAAGGUUCAAGCCGGAAGUGCAGGCGUCGGUGACGGUGCAGGAGGGCCUGUGCGUCUCUGUGCCCUGCUCCUUCUCCUACCCCCAGGACGGCUGGAACGAGUCGACACCAGUUUAUGGUUACUGGUUCAAAGGAAGGAACACUGGUGUUCCAGUGGCCACAAACAACCAGGCUCAACAGGUGCAAACGAGGACCCGGGACCGAUUCCAGCUCACCGGGAAUCCCCGGAACAAGAGCUGCUCCUUGGUGAUCAGAGAAGCCCAGAAGGAGGACAAGGGAACGUACUUCUUUCGCGUGGAGAGAGGACGCACCGUGAGACACGGUUUCGAGAAGUCAUUCUCUCUGAAGGUGACAGGUGUUAAGAAGCCAGAAGUCUAUGUCCCCGAGGUCUUGGAGCCCAACCAGCCAGUGACGGUCCUCUGUGUGUUUAACUGGACCUUCGAGGGAUGUCCAGCCCCUUCCUUCUCCUGGCUGGGGGCUGCCCUCUCCUCCCAGGGAACCCGGUCAGCCUCCCACUUCUCAGCGCUCAGCCUCAAGCCCAGAUACCGGGACCACAACACCGACCUGACUUGCUGUGUGGACUUCACAAAUGGUGUGAGGACAGAGAGGACCGUCCGACUCCGCAUGGCCUAUGCCCCCAGAGCCCUUGUCAUCAGCAUUUCCCAUGACAAUUCAUCAGGUACUGAGGACACUGAGGGCCCGGUUUCCCAGGCCAACAGGACAGUCCUGGAAACCCUCAGGAACGGCACAUCCCUCCCAGUCUUGGAAGGCCAGAGUCUGCGCCUGGUCUGUGUCGCCCACGGCAACCCCCCAGCCAGGCUGAGCUGGGCCCGGGGCAGACAGACCCUGAGCCCCUCCCAGCCCUCAGACCCGGGGGUCCUGGAGCUGCCUCGUGUGCAGAUGGAGCACGAAGGAGAAUUCACCUGCCGCGCUCAGAACCGGCUGGGCUCCCAGCACGUCUCUCUGAGCCUCUCUGUGCACUACCCCGCACGACUUUUGGGACCCUCCUGCUCCUGGGAGGCUGAGGGUCUGCGCUGCAGCUGCUCUUCCCGGGGCCAGCCGUCCCCCUCCCUGCGCUGGCGGCUUGGCGAGGAGCUUCUGGAAGCGAACGGCAGCCAGGGCGUCUUCAUGGCCACGCCCAGCUCAGCGGGGUCCUGGACCAACAGCUCCCUGAGCCUCCACGGGGGGCUGGACUCCAGCCUCGGGCUCAGCUGCGAGACCCGGAACGUCCACGGGGCCCAGAGCGGCUCCGUCCUGCAGCUGCCAGGGAGGCCAGUGCCUGGGGGAUGGUUCCUUCUGGGGGCCGUCGCUGGAGCCGUUGCUGCUGCUCUAUUCAGUCUCUGUUCCUGCCUCAUCUUCCUCAGGGUGAGGACCUGCAGGAGAAAAGCCGUCAGGAGGGCAGCUGAGCGGGACGCCUUGGCCGCCUUGGGUCCCAUCUCCUGGGGUGACCGGCAAGAGUGCCCACCAGGCAGCCCCCCAGACCUCGCACCCCCAGCUGGGGCCACCCCCACCUCGGGGGAGGAUCAGAAGCUGCAUUACGCCUCCCUCAGCUUCCAGAGACUGAGGCCCCAGGAGCCUCACCACCAGGCAGCCACUAGUGCCUCAGAGUACGCAGAGAUCAAGGUCCGCAAGUGA